AGAACCCAUCAGAGCUGCCCGUCGUCCGAUAAGAUAAGAUAAUUUAAUUAUUGAAGUGUGGAGAGGAAUCAUCAUCAGAGCGAUCUAACUUGGUCGUAGCUUCCAGUGUGUAGCAGUUCAGUUCACCUGGAACGUGCAACCCAGCAGGAUGUGGAAAACUGUGAUCCUGAUACUGAGCGUAACUUCGGCCGUUUGGUCCGGGGUUCCUCUGCUGCGUGAAAAACUUCCGUUGUCUCCUAGGCAGGAAGUUCCAGUGUCCGGUUAUAGGCUUCCAAACAACACCAGUCCACUGCGGUACGACAUCGAGCUGACAACGCAUGUUCAUGACCACGGUAGCCCGAAUCAGUUCGACUUCGAAGGCAAGGUCAAAAUCUCGCUGCGUGUCCUGGAGGAAGUGCAGAACAUUACACUUCACUACCGCCAGCUUACGGUGACCCAUGUGAAGCUCACCGAUGCCGCCAAUACAGUGCUCGUUAACGAUGACUCCAGCUUUACCAUGGAUACCACCUACGAGUUCUUGGUCAUUCUGGCCCCAUCGGUGUUGAGAGUCGGUGACUAUUCUCUGGAAAUCGAUUACCACGGAGUGCUUCGUACGGACAAUGGGGGCUUCUAUCGAUCGUCCUACACGGAUGCCAAUGGGAAUACACGGUGGAUUGCAACAACACAGUUCGAGUCGACGGAUGCAAGGCAUGCAUUCCCAUGCUACGACGAACCCGGGACUCGGGCUCCGAUAGGGUUGAAAUUGACCCAUGGAAAUACUUAUCAUGCAAUCUCCAACAUGCCCAUCAAGAGUCAGAAUCCGUGGAAUGCAACCUACACCGUUACCCAGUUUGAGGACACCCUGUCAAUGCAGACGUAUCUUCUGGCAUUCGUCGUUUCCGACUUCGCCUUCGUCUCAGACACUCCGAACAAACAAUCGGUCUAUGCGAACCCCGUUUCGAUCAGCAACGGGGAUCUUAAUUUUGCAUUGGAAGCUGGAGUGAAAGUGAUCGCAGCCUUGGAAGAUUACCUACAGGUCGGCUAUUCGUUUCCGAAACUUGACCAGAUCGGAAUCCCCGAUUUUGCAGCCGGCGCAAUGGAAAACUGGGGUUUGGUCACCUACCGUGAAGAAGCUCUCAUCUACAACUCCACCAAGUCUCCGAUGGGUCAACUGAAGCGCACGGCCUUGAUCAUCGCACAUGAAUACGGACAUCAGUUCUUCGGAAAUCUGGUGUCUCCGAAAUGGUGGAGCUAUCUUUGGCUGAACGAAGGAUUCGCCACGCUGAUGCAAUACAUAGCCGCGAACAAGGCGUACCCAGACCUGCGCAUCCAAGAGAUGGCCACCGUAGAAGCACUCCAAAAUGCGUUCCAAUCAGAUGCACUGGAAAGUACCCGGCCGAUGAACAGCUAUGUCGAAACCCCGACCGCUAUCUCGGCAUUGUUUGAUGAUAUCGCGUACGACAAAUCUGGCUCCGUUUUGAGGCAGUUUCAACACGCUUUCGGCGACAGAGUUUUCCGCGCUGGACUCAAGUACUAUUUGGAUGCCAUGCAAUUUAAAGCGGCAACUCCUGAUGACUUAGCUGCUGCACUUCAGAAAGCAGUCGACGAACCCAACGACUUUCCGGUCAACCUCAACGUCUCGGACAUUUUCUAUUCAUGGGCGGAUCAGAAAGGCUACCCAGUGCUCCACGUGAGCCGCGGUGCAGAUAACGUCAUAACACUACGUCAGGAGCGAUACCUUCUGAAGCCCUCCAAAGACGCCGUCAAGGCAACCUGGCUCCUACCGUACAACUUUGCUACCUAUCAAGCUCCCGAUUUCUCCUCCACCCUUCCUUAUGAUUGGCUCGUCGGCGAGACAGCUGAAUUGCGCCCUUUGCCGUCACUUCACUGGGACAACGACGAUUGGGUUAUCUUCAACAAACAGCAAACUGGUUUCUACCGUGUCAACUACGAUGACAAACUAUGGGAGCUGAUAACCAACGAGCUCCAUCACGGCGAGCACAGCUCGAUUCAUCAUCUCAAUCGAGCUCAGCUGAUUGAUGACUCACUCAACUUGGCACGCUCCGGACAUCUCGGAUACGACGUUGCCCUAAAACUAAUUCAGUACCUCACCAAAGAAGAGGAAUACGUCCCAUGGGCCUCCCUCAACAAUGGCUUAUCAUACCUAAACCGGAUGUUGGCAGGAUCUGCCAAGUACAACCUCUUCAAACAGUUCGUCUGGGAACUAGUCGAACCAUCGUUCCACAAAUUCGGUCUCACCAGCAAGCCCUCCGACUCACACUUCUCCAAACUGACGCGAAACAUCCUCAUCAACUGGGCCUGCCAGGUGGGGUCGGAAGAAUGCCUAACCCAGACCAAUUCGCAGCUGGCGGAAGUCGUCGCCAACAAAACCGAGGACAUCGAUCCGAACCUAAAAAGCGUCGUAUACUGCAACGGACUGCGCAACGCCGACCGGGACACGUUCCUGUUCGUGUGGGAUCGCAUGCACCGGUCACAGGACCCGUCGGAUCGGGUGCUGCUCAUCAGUGCCCUCGGAUGUUCGCAGGAUCCCGAACUGUUGGAGCUGUAUUUGGAAACGUCACUGGACGAAACCGGUGACGCCAGCUACCGCGGCCAGGAACGGUCCCGGGUGUUCAGCGCUGUGUACGUCAACGGCAAGGUCGGCCUUGAGACGGCCAUGAAGUUUUUGGCCGAAAAUGCCGACACCAUCGACCGGCUGUACAACGGCGGUAGCUUCGGUGGACGGGCUAUCGGGUCGGCUGUAACCGGAAUGGCCAGGCGGGUCGUCAAUAAGGAGCAGUACGAUGAAUUCCUAGCCCUCAACACCAAAUUGGAAGCAGCAGGAUAUUUGAAUGCGAACGAACUGGCAACGGCCAAGGAACUGGCCGGAGAGAAUGUCCAGUGGACCAAUACGAACUUCGGGGUGAUUGAAAGAUGGUUGGAGGCAAACGUUAAGUCGGGAGCCAUGCGAGUUGGAACCGUCUCGCGGAUGGCGAUAACUUCCGUGGCGGUACUAAUCGCAGCUCUGCUGUAGGUCUGUUAACCAAGCUUCUACUCAACGAUGGUGGGGCGGUUUGGUACGGGCCUGUUCUGUAUCAUAAGCUAGUAUCUCGUCUGUAAGUUCGAAUCGAAUAAGAAGGAGAAUUUGUAUCUAAUUUACAUAAGGAAACGCGAAUUUCGAUAUAUAAGAAUGAAAUAAACGAGUUCUUCGUAAACAAUGAA